UCCUCCCCUAGAUCUAGAUAUCUAGAUUCUAGACUGACACCACAAAAACAACGAUUUUCGGAAAACCGGCGUUUCAGGAAAGGUUCGGGAACGAUGAUGGCAGUUCGGGAAUUUCCUUAAAAAAUCAGGAAGUGCCGUGUACAACAGUGACAGGUGUAGAGCAGUCGUCUGUCAGUAGAAAGAGCCAGGCAAGUGCAGCAUUUGUUAUUGGGAUUUUUUGGCUCAAAACCCUGCAGUAACAGGCCAAACUCAGAAUCAAGAUGGGAAAAGAUGCUGCCCGAUAUAUCCACAAGGAAAUUUAUCAACGUGUGAAUUUUUUGCAUCAGGCUGCAAAACUGGUACUCAAGCAAGAUCCAAGCAACUAUGGCCUUUGCAGAUAUUACAUCUCGACUAUGCGAACUGUGGCGGAGAAACAUGUCAUUAGAAUUCAUCCUGCCAUAAAAAGGACCUACUGCAAACAUUGCAAUGUGAUUCUUCUGUCAGGACAAACAUGCAGAAUAAGGUCAAGAAGUACCUCAGAGCCACACACAGUGGUGACCUGUCUCUUAUGUGGCACUAUAAAGAGGUUCAUGUGGCGCGCCAGCUAUCAACUCUGGCUGGACAAACCUGAAGCUUGGCUGGCAGAGAAGGGCAAGGCACAGACCUGAUCUGAUGACAUGUUGCCUUCACAUCUAAAUGUACGCAGCAUUUAUAUAUAGCCAUACUUCCUUCCAGAAUUGGAAUGAAAUUUGCUGAAAAGGAAACCCUACUACUAGUUUCAGCAGCUUUGAUGUUGAGAUUGGGUUCAUGUGGUUUGCAGAGGAAAUUAGAACCGAUAAGAAGAGCAAUUUACACAUCCUAGAAUGACAUAAAUUGUCCUUUCCCCUCAUUGUCAGCGUCUAACUUGACACUGUGCCACUGGGAAGUGUGGUUAGACCUAUCUUACAAAACAUGGGGGUUCUUGUAAGGUUGUGGACACAUAUACAGAUUCCCAAAUUGAUGAGUUUGGGAAAGAAAGUUUGAGGGUGGUGACAAUGUGUGUGUGAACAUGCAUGCGUCUUGGAGAAAGAAGUGGGGAUUGGUAAAAUGUGGCCUGAACCUGUGUUGAAACUAUGUGUAUCGAGGAAAGGAAGAACAGGAAGAGUGACUCUGAUGGCCCUGUGUGCUCAUGCUGGUAUGGGGGUUGUUUGGGAGUACCUCUCCCCCUAAAUCGGGGUGGGUGUUUUCUGAAGUUGGCUUACUAGCCUAUUGUGUCCUGUGUGUUGUCUGUUAUGAAAUUGAAAGGAUGUCCCUGUCAGCAUAUGUAGGGACAAAGGAGAGGGUGGUGGGAUGGGCAAAAGUCAGGAGAGGGAGGUGUAAACAUAGCCAGCAGAGGCAUCGUAGUUGACUUUGAGUUGACCCUCCCUGAUAAGCGCAUGAAAAUGGCAGCCAACUGAUGUCAACAUAAGCAAGGUUCUGUACCAAAGGAGCAGAGGGAAAAUAGUGCACUCUUUGACUUUGCUUGGUGGUUGAAGAUGAAAAGUCAGUGUUGGUCUAGCUGAAACUGUUUGUACUAAAUGCAGUACACUUUUAUCAGUAUCUAGUUUCUCAAAGUUUGAAUCUUGUAUUGGUAGGGCCUACUGCAUUAGUUGUAUUUCUUUGGGGGGUUUUUCUUGUUUUUUUUAAAAUGUGUGAUGUAACAAGUCAAAGUCAAAGAGUCUUUUGAGAAAGUAUUGGGCUAUAGUGUUGACAAAUGUCCUGGUGGGGGUUGAUGGAUGCUUUGGUGUUGUCUGCCUCUUUAUUGUCUUUAUUUGUUCCUGUUGAAAUUGAAAUAUAGUUGUUGUUGUGCUUGCUGGCCAUACACCACCUCUCAGUAUCACUUGUUUGGCAAAAAUGAGCGCCUGUCUGACUUAUUUUAUUUAUGUUCAAAUAGAUUAAUCAACAAACAAAUAAAUAUAUCAAGCUUGAUAAGUGGUGUUGUUAAACCCAUAGCAUCUUCUUUCAAGUGUAUGGAUAUGUUAGGAGUAUAAAAAGUGCAGUCUAUUAUAAUUGCUAUUAUAUAUCUAUACAGUUCUAUAAAAAUGACAAAAUAAAAUUGCUGUAUCUGUUAA